AAAUGCUUCACUUACCCACUGUUGGGAAAUCGCAAGCUGAAGAGAGUUAUAACCAAAAAAUGUUGCCUGCACUACAUAUGUAGGUAGUACUCGGUGAGUAGGAACCAGAUUUGAUUCAUCCGUAUAAAGCGCUGUCCAUGGGAAACGAGCACUUGCGUUUUCCCUGGUGAUUUGGUAUCCGCAUGUUUCACCACGAACUAGGCUGUCAGGUUGCUCUGGCAAGUGACAGAUGGUAUCAAGACUCAAAAAAAAAACUCACCGGUGCAAUGAAAUGCCUCGAACGGUAUAAAGGUAAAGUUUUUUUCAAGGCAUCUCUCAACCACAGACAUGAAAUCGCAUUUUCUACUGCCUUUGAUACCUCUCGCCUUGGCUGCCACUCUGGAGAAACGGGCUGCCCCGCAGGGCAUAGAUGUUUCUCACUUCCAACCGAAUGUCGACUGGGCGCAGGUCAAAGCGAAUGGUAUUUCAUUCGCUUUUAUAAAAGCGACCGAAGGAACUACGUUCAUCGACCCCUCAUUUUCGUCUCAUUACACUGGAGCCACGAAUGCUGGACUUAUUCGUGGAGCGUAUCACUUUGGCCAUCCAGACUCGAGCUCAGGAGCCACGCAAGCAAACUUCUUUUUGGCUCACGGGGGUGGAUGGUCCGGUGAUGGGAUCACUUUCCCUGGUGUAUUGGACAUUGAAUUUAAUCCAAGUGGCGACACUUGUUACGGUCUGACUCCCGCUGCCAUGGUCAGCUGGAUCAAGGAUUUUUCAGAUACAUACCACGCAAAGACCACUAGGUUCCCGAUCAUCUACACAAACACGAACUGGUGGAAACAAUGCACCGGCAACAGCGCAGCGUUCACUUCGAAUUCACUUUGGAUUGCCCGCUUCAGUUCUAGCCCUGGUGAAUUGCCGGCGGGUUGGCCAACCUACACCUUCUGGCAAUUUGCGGAUUCUGGUCCCAAUCCUGGCGAUCAAGACAAUUUCAACGGUGACCUUGCAGGGCUUAAACGGAUCGCGACUGGAUAG